AUGGCCUCUGAUUCUCGCUCUCGUUCUUCCAAGGAUGGUCGUCGCUCCAACCCACCUUCCUCCCAAGACCAGUCCUCAGUUUCAGAAACCGGUACAGGCCCUAGCAAACUAGAACUCGUCCAGAAGGCAUUCAUGGCGCCCUUUACAAGCCACAAGAAAUCAGAGUCAACCAGGAUACUGUCUGACUCCCCCGUAAUCAUGACUCCGCGUAUGAUCAACAACGCAGCAACCGUGUCCUCACGUCCGCGCUCAGCACUCGUCCAAACACGAAUGUCCAGCUCAAAAUUGGACUUUGCGACUUUGGGCCGUGCCCCGUUACGCCUCGGCUUGGGUUCGCGCCGUAUCACGUCGGGAGACUUGCAAAUUCUCGAGGCGACGGAAGAGUUGUUGAAAGUUGAAGUUCCGGAACCUGAAGGGGUCGCAUCCGAUGUCAGCUUGUUACGUGGCUUCAAGGCCACCAUCCCCACCGCCGACCAAGGUCGCAUCCGAAGGCGUCAGAUGCGGAAUGUCGAGACACCCCGGUUGGGUUUGAAGAAGUUGGGCAUGAGUGCGAGGGGUCUCUUGACCGAGGAGGAGGAUAAUCACGACGGUCAAAGUGUUGGGAGCGAAGAGGAUAUGGUCGUCAUCUCACAUCAGAAAAAGAAGAGGGGAAGAGAAAGUUUAAGCGCACAAAAACGACUGGGCAAGGAAGAGCUGACACGCCAGAUUUCAGAAAUAAUGCGGGACAAAGAGAAUGUUCAUGUUAAAAGAAGCCUCCUCAAUGGUGAAAUCGCAGAGAUCACCAACAAAAUUCGCGCUUUGGAUGAAGUUCGGACAAAGUUGGAGCAGGAUCUUCUGAAGCUGCAAGAGGACGAGCUCGAGCUUGACGACGAACUCGAAGGUGUCAAAGAGCGGAUUCGUUUCGAGGAGCAGACGGGUCACCUUCAGCCGCAAGUCGACAAGUCCCUCCAUCUUCCUGCAAGUUCCAGGAGGCGGAAAGGACCUGCCUUCCUUCCUUCUGAACACGACGAACUACCUCCUGGCACCCUGGAUAGCCAUACGACACCACUCUCCGCGCUCGACUUUUCAGAGCCUUACGGCAUCCUCGUUAGCGCCUCCGAGGAAGACGCCCAACCCCGAGUUUGGGACUUGUUGACAGGUUCAGAGAUCGGCAGGCUGCGCGGACAUGUCGGCGCAGUCAAGUGCCUCCAGGUUGAGGACCACGUCUGCCUGACUGGUGGGGAGGAUGGCAAUAUCCGUUUGUGGGAUCUGAGAAGAGUCGAUGAAGAUGAAGGUUGGGGUGUUGGCGAACCGGAUCGUCUGCCUGAUGUUGUCGAGGAAGAUGAAAGUGGUGCAGCGGAAAGUUCAGAAGGUGAACAUCCUCCCAGGAGCCGGGAGAACAGCACGACUUCCAAGGAAGGUGCCUGUGUCCGAGUGCUGGAGGGUCAUUCACGCGGAGUCACUGCACUGUACUUUGAAGACGAGUGUCUCGUCACCGGUGCUUCAGACAAGACCCUUCGACAAUGGGAUUUGACUACUGGACAGUGUGUCAUGACCAUGGACAUCCUUUGGGCCAUUUCGCAUCCACAAGGCUCGGUUGGCGCAUCGUCAAGUUCUAUCUACUCAGAUCCAUUCAGUCUGACCAGCUCUUUUAACCUCGGAAACCCUGCCCCCUCGUCAGAGGCAUGGGACUUUAAUAAUCACGACUUUGUUGGAGGGGUUCAGUUCUGGGGAUACGGUCUUGUUAGCGGAAGUGGGGAUGGUGCUGUACGGAUGUGGGACAUGCGUACUGGUCAAGCGCACCGCACGUUGCUUGGCCACACUGGACCAAUAACCUGUCUCCAGUUCGAUGAGCUGCAUAUUGCUACUGGAAGUCUCGACAAAUCGCUCCGUAUAUGGGAUCUUCGUACCGGCGGAAUCCUCGAGACCCUCCACUUUGACCACCCGGUGACUAGCCUACAGUUCGACUCUAGGAAGAUCGUUGCUGCUGCUGGUGACAAUGGUGUCAGGAUAUACAACCGCACGUCAGGUCAACAAUCUACGCUGUUGACAAAUGGACAUACAAAGCCGGUAGAAACACUGAGAUAUAUGGAUCGGUAUCUGGCGACAGGAGGUCGAGAUGCCACAGUUAAGAUAUGGUCGUUAUAA